CAGGAGGCGGAAACUAAACUAACUCAAGUUAAAAAGACUUACUGGGGUCGAUUUGCUAAUCCUUGGCCAACAUGGGAAGAUACACGGAUCAAAGCGGGUCUAGUUAUGCCUUUUGCUUCUGGAGAACCCAAUAGCUCACCAGAUCCCAACGAUCCAACACUAAACUCAACUCUUCCUAUUCACGUACCCAAAUUUUUCAACCACGAAUUUGAGGAAUCGGGUGUUCGUUUGACCUGGUUAGGGCAUUCAUCAGUUCUUUUCCAAAUCGAUGGCGCACGGGUGCUCUGUGACCCGAUUUUCUCCGAUCGAUGCUCCGCUUCAUCUCUUAUUGGUCCUCGUAGAUACCGUCCGCCACCAUGCAAGGUAAUAACGAUGAAAUAUCUUAAUAUCUUUCAAUUUACUGCAUUUAUUUAUCUCUUCGGUCAUCUUCUGAAUACCAAUUUGAAAUUAAAUUUUGAUAAAUUGUACCUCGUUGAGCAAAUUUACUCCAAAUUAAAUUUUUCGGAUUUAUGA